ACACCUGUUCAGAUAAAGGAGUUUGGUGCAGUAAAUAAAAUUGACUUCUCCCCAGUUCCUCCAUAUAACUAUGCUGUCACAGCCUCCUCAAGGAUCCACAUUUAUGGUCGUUACUCUCAGGAGCCAAUCAAAACGUUUUCUCGCUUCAAAGAUGCUGCUUAUGGUGCCACAUACAGAGAUGAUGGCAAUCUGCUUGUUGCUGGCAGCGAGGAAGGUAGCAUUCAGCUCUUUGACAUUAGUGGAAAAGCACCUCUGAGACAAUUUGAUGGUCAUACCAAAGCUGUUCAUGUAGUGGGAUUCCUGUCUGAUAAAUACCGAAUAUUUUCUGGUGGUGAUGAUUAUUCAUCAAAUUUGUGGGAUAUUCCAAGUGCUACAGAAGUCGUCUCAUACAGUGAACAUACGGACUACGUGAGAUGUGGGUGUGCAAGUAAAGUGAAUGCAGAUGUCUUUAUAACAGGUUCCUAUGAUCACACUGUGAAACUAUUUGAUGCACGAAUAAAAAGUAGUGUCAUGACAAUAGAACAUGGCCAGCCUGUGGAGAGUGUGCUUCUGUUCCCAUCUGGUGGGCUUCUGGUAUCUGCAGGUGGUCGAUAUGUCAAAGUUUGGGAUGUACUAAAAGGCGGACAGUUACUAGUUUCACUUAAAAAUCACCAUAAAACUGUAACUUGUUUAUGCCUGAACAGCUCUGGACAGAGGUUAUUGUCAGGAUCCCUGGACAGGCAUGUGAAAAUUUAUAGUACUACUUCCUACAAAGUAGUCCACAGCUUUAACUAUGCAACAUCCAUCCUCAGUCUUGCAUUGUCGGUCCAGUGCUCCUUACAGCUGCGUUGGCCCUUGUCCGAGGUUUCUAUCUGCGUCGAAACGCAGAACGUCUUUGUUCUUGCCAGGAAAUGUCUCUUUGUAACUAACCCCGAGUUCCUUCCGGAUGAUUACUCAAGAGAGACAAUUCGAGAGGCCUCAUCCUCUCGGUCUGCCAAUUGA